AGCGCCACGGACUACAGCAAACUCGAUUCAGUCAGUUUCUCACGCUUUCCCGUGUAGAACCGGCCUUAGCAGAGCUUAAACCCGCGCGCAUUUCACUCCGAUCGAACGUUUUUAUUCGUCGUGCCAGAUUUUCGCAUUUUCAUCGAUUUUCCCUAGUCUGCUUCGACUCAGUUCAGUCCACGACGACAUUGAAAAACAUUUGCGUACGUCUCGUGACGCAUCACGUAGCCACGCAGCCCUAUUCCAUCGAAUUCAUUCAUUCAUGAAGUAUCGACGUGUAUGUGUGUAAUAAACUUUACUUACGAUUGAAAACUGUGCGAUUACAGCGAGAAAACUCUGGAUUUCGAGGCUUCUAUCCUGUGUUCUUCCUUAUUUUCCUGUAUCUGGAUAUGAGUGAGCAGCGAAGAAGUACCGUAGUAGCCGGCCAGUCGUCUAAUUAGGAACUAUGACUACUAAGCUCUUGACAGCACUCAGCAACAUUCCCAGGAACCUCAGCGAAGCGGACAACGGGCCCAAAGCCUCCCAGGAACCCCCCAGCGAUACUUCCAGUAGCGGCUCCGAAACGAGUACCAGCACAGACUUUCGCAAAUACAUCAGCUAUGAGCAACGUUUGAAAACCUUCGAUUCCUGGCCGAAUCAGGAAGUGAGCAAAGAAUCUCUAGCCAGUGCCGGGUUUUUCUAUAAACAACGCAGUGAUAUCGUGCAAUGCCCUUACUGUAACAUUGAAGGGUACCAGUGGGUUGCUGGUGACGAUCCUGUGAGAGAUCAUCGCACUUGGAGCCCGCAUUGUCCCUUUGUCAUGACAAUGUUGGAGCACGACAACCAGGACCCACGAGAACCUGCCAGAGACACUUGUGGACUGUACGGCUUAGCGAUACUGCCUAAUUCUGUGCCGGAAGACGAGGUUAAUUUGGAACGGUUGGGUAUACAGAAAACGAAAGGUCCCUCUCAUCCCGAUAAGUUUUUGCUGGAAACCCGAUUGGCUACGUUCAAAGCAUGGCCGAAAUCGAUGCGUCAAACGCCAAAACAACUAUCAGAAGCGGGAUUUUUUUAUGUCGGAGUGGGAGACCAGACGUUGUGCUUUCAUUGUGGAGGCGGACUAAAAGACUGGGAGGCCAGCGACGAUCCGUGGGAGCAGCACGCGAUUUGGUUCCCAAAGUGCCAGUAUCUUUUCCUGAAAAAAGGUCCGGACUAUAUAAAAGAGAUGGAGAAACGAAGGAAUCCACUUCCUGUUUCCUCGGACGAAGAAACCAAAGAAGAAGCUUCCUCACAGACCUCGGAGAAAUCGGAGGACUCUGCAGAGCCGAUUUCGGACGGGGAAUCGAAGACUUUGUGCAAGGUCUGCUACAAGAACGAAGUAGGAGUCUUGUUUUUACCUUGCGGGCACAUAGUGUCCUGCGUGGAGUGUGCCCCGGGUUUGAAAAAGUGCCCGAUGUGUCGGAAGCCUCUCGAAGGCACGGUGCGAGCGUUCCUAUCCUAGACUUUGCCCUGUUAAACAUUAUUCAGACUCUAGUCAGCAGACAAAACAACUCUGCGCUCCCAGAAGUCUAUUUUUCUACGUCACUUGACUCGUUGAACUGCUUCUCCUACUCGGACUUUAGUACAAACUCUGUUAGUUUAGGUUUAGGUUCACACAACAUUACUACGCUUUACUGUCGACCUAUUAAUAUUAUUAUUAUCCGAGACGCUUAUAGAAUUUUCGUUUAUUUUAAUAACUACACGACUGCAACAACCAUUCAUAUCCUUCAUAGAGUUAAUAACGGAAUACGUGGAUUAGGGUGUGCGAGGGCCAUCAAACAUUUACUGUUGAUUUUUCAUCUUCUGUCUUUUGAUGUUUGUCUGAGUGUAUAUUGCAUAAAUAAAUCUAUAUAUUAUUUAUAC